GUCAGUCAUGGUAUCCAAUUCUAUGCAAAAAUUGAAAGAUUAUCAUGAAAUAAGUCUCAUUCGUUUUACGACUUACUUAGUCGACCAGCAGGUUGUGGAGGCAGGGUGAGGGUCACCAACUCUAUGAGUGACGGCGGAGACGACGACUUAUCGUCAACUUAUCUUAAAUCAUCUUAAUCAGAACAAAGGAGACCAAAGGAGCAGCAGCAGAAACGUAUUUUUGUGACCUGACACGCCACGACACAAAGAAAGAUUGCAUAAUCAGCUCAGUGUGGUUUGGGAGAGUGGGUUAAAAGUUAUUGGUUAAAGUUUUUUUAGGUCAGUCCCAUUUUUUGGGGGAUUUUUCGGGGAUUUGUGAAUUAGUGAAGUGAUAUUUCGGUUCUUUUAUUCGUCACAUUGGAGUGAUGGCUAGAAUGGAUGCGAAACUUGUGGGAACGACGGAAGAAGAAUUGAAGAAGGCGUUGGAUUGUCAAAAGGAAGUUUGGGACCUACUUAAAAAAGACGGGAAACUAAAUAUUCCAAAAGACGACAUAUUUUUGUUGCGAUUUGUCCGAGCUAAAAAGUACAAUUCGGAAGUAGUGGUCCAAAGUUUAAAAAAAUAUUACGAUGCGAGACGGAAAUUUGCAAAGCAAUUCGAAAACUUUUAUCCAUCACGAUAUCGCCACGUGUUGGAAUCUGGAAUUAUUGGACUGCUCAAAAAUAGGGAUGACUUACAACGCAAGACUUUUGUCUUUAGAGUUUCAAAAUGGGACCCGGACGUGAUAUCUUUUGAAGAUAUUACAAUCGCUUGCGUCCUAGUGGCCGAACAAAUGAGCUGGUGUCCAGUUAAUCAGUGCCACGGCGCCGUUAUACUUAUUGAUGAGAAUGGAUUAGGUCUUGCGCAUGCGAGACAAUGCACACUUCCAGCCAUGCACAAGUUAAUUGUAUUUAUGCAGGAUAAUUUCCCCGGUCGAUAUAAAGCCCUCCAUCUCGUUAAUCAACCAUACGUUCUGGACCUUUUCUGUAAUUUGGUGAAGCGUUUCAUUGCUAAAAGACUUCAAUCGAGAGUCAAACUACACCGGGACGCCGAAUCUUUAACGGAACUUGUAUCGCCUGACAUUCUUCCGAAAAGUUUGGGUGGAAAUCUCGAGGAGGAUGACGCAUUUGAUGACGAGCUUGUCCCAGCCAUGCUUAGGAUGGAAAAUUAUUAUAAAGAGCUGGCAAAGUAUGGAUUUGUCUAAAAAAAAAAUGUGAUGACUAACGAAAUACAAAAAAUAAGAAUUUACAAGGAAUAUAUCCGCCCAUUUUACUUACAAGUUAAAUUUUACACUAUACGUAAACUAUAACUUUCCUAGUAUUACAGUGAUAACGGAGUCCCGAUUGCCAAAAACAAACAGAAACACAUUACUUAAUCUUUCUACCCUUAUUAUUAACUAUUAAACUAUCUAAAUAUGAAUCUAAAUGUAUGGUUAAGUGAAGUCUGCUAAUGAUAUACGUAAUAAUGCGACAUUUGAUGUACAUAUGUGCAUAUGCAGGAAACCUGUCUUGAUUGAUGAGAUAGAUGGCCUGACUCAUUUUGUACUUGAUGCUGAAUUUCAAUUUUAUAUGGAAAAACUGUUGCAAUUUAAUUUAACUUUCUUGGAAAUAAAUCUGAUCAAAUUGUCCAUCUUAAGCAAGAAA